UAUCCUUUGGGAACUUCCUGAAAAUACGACAGUGUGUGCCGAAAAGUGUCAAUCGAGAGUGCUUUCGAGAGCUUUUAUCAUUGCACAUAGCACAAAAAGCUCACAGUGAAAAUUAUCGCCAGUGCAAUUGUCAUUGUGUGAAAAGUUAUCUGACAUUGGGGAAGUAAAACGGAGCAAAGGGACCAAAGGAUCCCUGUAAAUUGCAUAUCCACCCUUCGACAGAUUCGCGUGUAUCUUCACAUUUCCCUAAGACAUUCGCUCAUCAUGAAGUUCUAACCACACUUCCUGGAAGAAAGUUGAAAUUCCCCAGAAAAUCCUGACUUCCGCACUGCAAGAGCUUUAAUAAAUCAUCCGGAAAAGUGCGGGGUGACGUAAAAGUGUUGGAAAAUAGAGGUGUUUAGGUCAGUUUUUUGCGUGUUUGAGCUGAACAGAGAAAAUCAAUACAUCACCCCGUGUAAUUGUACAAUGAUUGGCUCUACAGAAAGCUCCAUGGAUCAAUAGUGACACACCGUGAGCUGACAUUUCUACACACUCGAUCUCUUCGACACGCCAAGUGCUGUGAAAAAUGCCAAAGAAGGUUCCAGUUGAGGAUUUGGUCAUUCCGCCGCAGGACACAAAGAUAUGCGGCACCAUUUGCAUAUGUCAGAUGACGCUGGUGCUGAGUUCGGUGGCUCUGGUUUACCUCACGGUGGCCAUCUACAUGCCCUCCACGCGGGCAUUCAACAGUGGCAUCUCCGAAGUGCCCGUGAUGUGCACAACAACCAAAGCCGUGAACAAGGAUGCCUGCGAGUGGGGCUCAUGUGGAGAGUGGUGUCUCAGCAAAACCUCCGGAGCAUGCAUUCAAAUCUACGUGAAUCUCCGCAAUAAUGGCAGCAGUCUCACCCUGGCGAACUGUACAAACUCCGCUAAUAAAACAUGUUAUGGCUUAGACCAGGAGAACUCCAAGAAGGCGCGGUGCAUAGCAGACGAAUGCAAGAAUCUCACCGGAACGUUUAAUUGCACUCUCGGCGCAUGCAUAAACAUAACCGAUGCCUUCGAGUGUGUCUUCGCCAGCACCGAUCCACCACUCAAGUGUUCUGGGAGGCGCGGAAAAAUCACCUGUAUCGAGAUAACGGGGCUGUUUAGUUGUACUCGCGGCACAUGUCGCAAAAUACGCACACCUUACAAUUGCGACCGACGCUGUGUAGACAUUCCAACGCGCAACAAAAACAUAGUCCUUUUAUCCGGCGACAAAGUCUACUUAUCACAGUGUCAGAGCGCCAUAGACAAAGAAACCCAACUGGAGGUCUGGAAUGAAGAGGAGGACAAUGUCAUGAUGGCUUCAUGCUACAACAUCCAGAACACUUCUUAUGGCGUCGAAGCGGUGGAUUGUAUCAAUGGAUCCACACUUGACAAGAAUGUCCUCACGGAUUUGACCAACUUCACCUACUUAAGCUACCUUCAUGUAGCCAUAGCCAAGCCACACAAGCUCAUCGCACCACUUGAGCAAGAGCUCACGAUCUGGAAUGAGUCUCGUCUCAUGAUAAACCUUGAGGGCUGCGUCAACACCCUUCAGGAUGAGUGUAAGGAGUUCCUUAAAGACUACGGCAAAGAUGGCACGGAUCACAACGCCAGAGCGCGCUUUCCUUGCUUCUACUCGGACAACAACAAGGAAGUUGCAGUGGCACGUUUUAAUCUUGAAGUGACCUAUCGACAGUUUCUCGUCGCCUCGAUUUUGCCGUCAGUCUUGUUCGUCGUCAGUUGCCUCACUUUGAUACUCUGCCAGCGAAGUGUGGUCGUGGGCGAUGAUGCGAAGAUGAGAUUUAAAGGAUGCGCCAGUGCCGAUACAAUCCUUCCGCCGGGCAGUAAAAAUAACUCACAGCACAACUUGGGCGAUGGUGGUGGCGGAGGAACGGACUCUGUUAUGGCUCUCUGAGAUCCGUCACGCAUUCCUCUGCUGCAAGAAGACCGAGACAGUCCAACACAUCAUCUAUCUGAUGACGUUUUCGCUUUAGACAAAUAAAUUGCCUCACUUUUAAAAUCACACGGAGAA